GCAGCACGUGUGGCUCAGUUGGAGUUGCAGACUGUAACCGUAGAUUGAGGAUGCAGAAGUAGUGAACUAAAGAGUUGAGUGAUUGAGUGCAAAAGAAGCUUAAUUUGAAUGGAAUUUAGCAUUGGUUGUUCACCAUCUUCAACCUUUUCCCUGCAACGUUCGCUUCUUCCUCCAUUAAAAACCGUAACCACUUUCACACGUGACUGGGGGAGAAGGAGAAGUACUUGCAUACAAAGUUUUUCGGUAUCUUAUCACAAGUUUGUUGAGUUUGCUUUGGAUGAAACCAGACGCCACUCUCACUUGAACUCUUCACCUUUGCAGGAAAAGUUCAGUUCCAUGAAUUCUAAGGAUGGUAAAGGAAUGCUUAGUAUGCUAUCAUUUGAAGCUACCAAAAUUAGGCUUUUACGAAGUUUGAUCAUUGAGACAGAAACAAUGCAGGUUUUUGAUUUUACUGUCUUUCCUGAAGCAGAAUAUGAUGUCCCCAUAUUUUGUGCCAACUUUUUCACCUCUGCUAAAACAAACAUUGUCGUAUUGGACCUUAACCCCUUGCAUGAUAUCAUCAAUCGGCAUGAGUACAAGGAUAAGUACUUUAAAAGCUUAAUUCCUCUUGGCCUUAAAUAUACACAGCUUUUUCCAUGGGGAGGGAAGCUCACAAGUGAGUCUAUAAAUUUUUUUUCACCAAUUGUCAUCUGGACAAAGUUUACCUCAAACCCGCAAAAAUACGAUAUUCUGUAUUCUGCAUUUAGGGAUUAUUACAAGGUAUGGUUGGAAUUGAUAUGCAAAUCAGUUAAAGAGACAGAUAAAUCUCAGGUUGUACUCAAUCUCGAAGCACAACACAGAUAUUUGACAUGGAGAGUUGAAAAGGAUCCAGGACAAGGUGUGUUGAAGAAGUUGAUUGGGGAUACACUUGCCAAGGAUUUGUUGAGAAAAUUUCUCUUUAAUGGAGUUGAUGAACUAGGAAGCAAAACAUUCUAUGAUUAUUUUCCACACUACUGCACUCAAGAGGGGAUGUUAAAUAAAAAAGGCAAUAUUGUUGGGAAGUCCUUCGAAAAUCGCCCAUGGAAUGCUAGAGGAGAAUUUAUUGGUAAUUGGUUUUUGAAUUGGGUUUUAUUUAUCUAAUUUUUGUUUCCUUUGCAGCUGUGUUUCAUGUCUUUUGCUAGCCUGAGCCUCUCUUAUCAUCAUUGUUCUGUGAUCAAUUGGAUUGUUUCCCUUAACGGUGUCUUUUAUUUCCUGGUACAAAGAUUGGUUCUGUAUAUUUAUAUGUGGCAUUUUGCGUGUAUAUGUACGUUACUGGUCACUUGAAGGUACAAUCUGACAGUGAGAUUUUAGGUGCAAGAGAAAUUAAUUGAAGAAAUCAUUUGAGCUUAAUUUCCAUUAUUACGAUCAAGCAUGAGAUGAUUUCAACAGUGAAAUAGGCUUAGUUUAGUGGGCUAGCAAAUAGUGCACAAGAUAGCACUCACAAGAAAUAUUACAUUAAGAUCAAACAACCUUCUUCUGAAUUAACAUAGUAACUAGGGUGUUUAAUUUUUUAUUUAUUUAUUAUGCUAGUUGAUAAUUUUUAUAAUAUUUACAGAAAAACUUAUUAGAAUAAGUUUUUUUAAUUUAUUUCAGUAAUUCAGUUAAUUUUAUGAAUAAAAUGUUAUUUGAUUGGAUUGAAAUAACUACUCAGUGAAAUUGUUAUCUUGGUUUAUAGUAGUUUUUAAGAAUCCAUGUGUUUUUAUUGACUGUUGGAAUGUUUUAGGUGAAUGAUUGUCAGCAUGUAAAAGGCAACACUUUUUAGACAUUGCUUUAAAUUUUGAAUCGUUCAGCAAGCAUUGAAGAGACUGCAAUUGUUGUAGAGAAUUAUGCCAUUAGAUGUUUGUAAUAUAAGUGCUACUGUACUGUGUUAUGUCCACUAAUUUUUGUAUGGCAAAAAAAUUCUUUAACAAAUCUCAGGCUCCUAUGGCUGUACUUGUGUUAUUGUAACAUUUAUAUUGUAAGAUUACAAUCAGCUGUGUACAAUUAGCUUUAGAUCAAUCAAGUCUUCUAAAUUAAAUUU